AUGGGUGUGGGAGCACAGCUGGUGUGUCCUCAACAGGUGUUCUCUCAGUCUGAUAACUUGACUGAUGGCUGGAUCUUCCCGCUGAGCUUUGACCAGGUCACUGUGACUGAUGCUCCUCAAUUUGGCAGGAAGAGGCUGGUGGGAGUCCGGGGCAGUAGUGUUGAGAGCGGCGACCCAAGCGACGUCUUUCUGCUGGGCGGCGUGGCUCCCAUUCCAUGCAGCUCGAACAGCCUCAUCUGA